AUGGCCCCCGCACUUACCCAUCCAACGGGCGUCAACUUCAUCGACGAGCAGCGUCCCGUCAACACCGACGCCGCUACCUACUACGGCGGACAAGAGCAGUUCAGCCGCUCCAGGACAUACAGCGCCUCCUUCGCCCAUGGAUACAACCCGAAGCGCGCGGCGUUCGACAACGACUGGGUGCGCAGACAGCGGCGAAUGUCGCACGACGAGAAGAGCACAGGCCCGCGCCGAUUCCUGAUCGACGUCGAGGAGACGAUCCGCGUGAUCCUGGAGCAAGAGGACACGGACGGCGACUUCCAGAUCAGCGUGACGGACGCAGGCCCGAAGCUGAUGUCGCUCGGCACGGCGACGAGCAACGGCUUCAAGACGUUCGAUAUCCGGGGCACGUACAUGCUGUCGAACCUGCUGCAAGAGCUGGCGCUGGCGCGCGACCACGGGCGCAAGCGGAUCGUGCUGGACGAGGCGCGGCUGACGGAGAACCCGGUGGACCGCCUGUCGCGGAUGAUCAAGAACUCGUUCUGGCACGCGCUGACGCGGCGCAUCGACGGCGACGGGCUGGAGAUCAUCUGCGCGGACCCGAAGAACCGGACGGGGCGCGUGAACCCGCGGAUCUACGUGCCGCACGGCGAGCCUGCGAUGGCGGAGUACUACCGGCGGGUGGCGGCGGAGAAGCCGCACCUGAACCUGGACGUGCAGGUGCUCCCGGCGACGCCGGACGACCCGCACUUCGUGAAGAGCCUGAACCACAAGCCCGGGAUCCUCGCGCUGGCCAUGAACGAGGUGAGCGACGGGAAGGGCGGCAAGACGCUGAAGGGCAUCCCGUUCGUCGUCCCGGGAGCACGGUUCAACGAGGUCGCCUUGAAAGCGGCGAUAUACGUGGCUGUUGGAGUGCCCACCUUGGACUUUGAUACCCUGCUGUUGUUAUUGUUGCACUACACCGGGCCUAUGUGUAUGGUACUUCUAUGUGAAUAUAUAACACUACAUCCUGAUUAUAUGCCCGAGAAGGGGACCGUGGGGGUAUACGUACGACGCCUACUUGAGGAGAUGGCAUCGAAGGCACGCGUGAUGGCUGGUUCCCACGGAAAUGGGUCCAGCAUCUGGGCUGUAUUGGCGAGCGCUGACCGGGCAGGAUGA